AUGCGAUCCCUCUUGCUCUCGUAUGAAAAUGAAUAUCAUUCUCCAUCUUCAAUAAUCGAAUCUCCUCUACCAGUUGCAUCUGUUCCUGCUCUUUGCCCAGCAUCUCUUUUGGGCCGUAACUACUCCCCUCAAUUCCCGGAAGAUCACAUGCUCCUCGAGACCUUUGUUCAUGAUUACCGCCUUUGCGAUGAACUCGGCUCAGGUGGAUAUGGUUUUGUAAUGACCGCGGUCGACCGCCAGGAGAAUGUUGAGGUCGCUGUCAAAUUCAUCAUUAAAGAAAAGGUCCCGGAGCAGGCGUGGACGGAGGACGAGGUCUAUGGUCGAAUUCCCGUAGAAGUCCUGGUACUUCAUCUCGUAGAGCACGAAAAUAUCAUCAAGUGUCUCGAAUUCUUCGAGGACGAACUCUUUUUCUACCUUGUUCAAGAACUUCAUGGUUCUCCGUGGCAUAAACGCAAAAAAUCGCAUGAUGUUCAUGCACAUUCUCCCCUCAAUGACAUUAUCAUCCCGCACUUCAGCUCGCCACCCCUCGUAUUAUCUCCUGCUGCAUCUGAAUUUUCGGUUCCAGAUUCUGAGCCAGAAACUCCCCCGCAGGAUUCAGGACAUCUCCCGGCCUCGAUUCUCGUGGAAGGAUGCGAUUCACCCCUAAGCGAUGACUUGCAGUACCACUCACUUCAUCUCACGCGCAAAACGUCUACCCUCGAGCCACCUCGUCCUUGUUAUACGCGCCGCCCCUCGCACGACCUUUUUGAAUGCAUAGAACAAACAAAAUACAAGCGCCUCUCAGAGAAACAAGCCCGGUAUAUCAUGGCCCAGGUGGUUGAGGCAGUACAUUACCUCGAUAGUCAAGGAAUCUAUCACAGAGACAUUAAAGACGAAAACCUUGUCAUCGACAAAGACUUCAAGGUCAAACUCAUAGACUUUGGCAGUGCCGCAAUAGAGAACCCCAAUGAACCGUCCCCAUACUACAAACUCUUCUUUGGUACUACUGCAUACGCCGCCUCUGAAGUGCUCCUGAAGCGAUCUUACCAAGCCGCGCCCGCCGAGAUCUGGACCCUCGGUGUACUGAUGUCAUACUUGUUGACCGGGAUGUCUCCAUUCCCCACCGAAGCGGACGCCAUUGCGGGGCACAUCGUCCUCUCCGAGCUGCCAGGGAAGGGGCUCGGCGGCUCAUGCCUGCAUCUCAUGAGCAGGUGUCUCGAACCCAACCCUCAGCUACGUGCCAAAAUCAACGAGGUGCGCGGACAUCAAUGGCUGAAGGGCGCUUUGGAUGUGUAG